AUGGAGUAUCUUCCUAGUCUACAACAGGAGUUCGACGAGCACAAGCCGUCCCUCUUCGAACUCCUCGCUGAACAGCAACUAUCCGAUCUCCUCCCUCCAUCUCUACGUUAUCUCCUCGCAGUCGCAACACACCGCCACCCGCGGUACCUCCUCCGGAUCCUCAAUUCCUAUGACGAAGUCUACGCCCUCCUCUCAUUAAUAGUCGAAAGAUACUAUCUCCGUACCUUCGGCGGCUCCUUCACAGAGAAUUUCUACUCUCUAAAACGUGAGCGCGUUCUUCGCACUAAGAAUGGCGAGAUUCCACGCGCCCAGGUCGGCGCCGCUGGCCCUGUGCGUGACGCCCUCAAAUUACACUCCACAGAUAUUUGGAAGAACCUAUUCGUCAUGGUCGGAAUCCCGUACAUAAAGCGCAAGCUUGACGAAGGGUAUGAUAUCCACGCUGCGCCGCAUGCAUCUCUGGUCAUGGGCGGCGGUCCCCGAUACAACCCCAGCGAUGACCUGCCGGCCAAUCCAUCGCUGCGCCAGCGCAUCCUCCACUUCUAUAAGUGGUUCCUACGCAAAGUUUAUCCAUCCGUCAAUGCUGCGUACUACUUCUCCGUUCUGGCAUUCAACCUCGCCUACCUAUUCGAUAACACAAAGUACUCAUCGCCAUUCCUAUGGCUGAUCGGUACGCGCAUCCGUCGUCUCGGCUCCGCAGAUCACCACGCCAUUGCUGCCGUGCUAGAUCCCAAGCCCGGCCCUGGUGCCGGACGCUCUCAGCGACCCGGCGGUGGUCUGCUGGGUCUUCUCAGCCCCCAGAACCUCCACACACAAGCGCUGGCCUCGCUACGGUACUUUCUCCCCGCAUCGAUCUUCGCUCUCAAGUUCUUGGAAUGGUGGCAUGCAAGUGACUUCUCGCGACAGCUUGCCCGGAAGGCGACUGACGUUCUCGACUUGCCCGCUCCGGUAGUCGCGGGCCUGACAUCCCCAGCCGAACGACGGAAAUCGUCAGACGAGAAGGAGAAGGCUAAGAAACAGGCGGAAUUGGAGAAGAAGAGUGCUGCUGAUUUGAAACCGGCGCUCAAGUCUCCCCGUCGCCACCAGCCUCCUAUCUCUGCUACCUCUUAUCUUCCCAUCUAUACUGUGUCUUUGCCUCCAGCUGAUCCCUCGAGUGCGAAUACAUGCCCUGUCUGUAUGGGCCAGCUCGUUAACCCGACUGCGUGUCAGACAGGAUACGUGUUCUGCUACGUAUGUAUCUUCCACUGGCUGAACGGUGAGCAUCAGCGCCAGCUGGACUUUAUGACUGGUGAGGGUGCUGGUGCGCCGUGGGAAGAGGAGAUUACUGGUGACGACGAAGACGCUCGGAAGGGCACCGGAGAUAACCCUGAAGAUAAGGGUCCUCGUAAACGCUCUGGUAAAUGGGAGAGUGGUAAGGGAAGAUGUCCCGUCACAGGCCGAAGAGUACUUGGCGGCACUGAGGGCCUGCGGCGAGUGUUGGUUUAA